AUGGCCGACCCAACACCAUCAGACUACACCUACACCCCACCCACGACCUCUAGCCCCCCACCCCCCUCACCAGGAAGCGCCAACAUCUCGAUCCGAGAAUACAUCUACCACCUCCCGCACCCCCUCCCGGCCGGGACCCCCGUACCCUACACGCCCGGCCUCCCGCUCAUCAACCCCCUCCAGCUGCCCCCACACCCCUUCGAACCCACCUCGACCCUCGUCCUCACCACGCCGGGGAGAUGGUUCAUCGACAUCCGCUACCUCAAGCCCCAACACCCACAGGAGUCAGCCCUGCCUAACCGCGGCGAGACCGCACGGCUGGAAUGGGCGUUCGCGGGUCGUUCGUCCUCGACGGUGUCGCCGGCGUCGCCGCACGCCACGUACGGCGUCGUCGGGCACUCGGUGUGGACGCACUGGGUAGAUUCGCGGGUCCGGGCGGGCGACGAAGCCGAGCUGGACGAGGGCGACAUGUACGCCGUGUCCGCGUCGCGAACGGUGGAAUGCGGAGUAGCGUUCCACCCAGCGCUGGGCCGCGUCGCGAACCACGAGGAGGGUUGGGUCGACGUGAGCGUGCGCAGCGCAGGCGCAGGCGCACGCUCAAAGUCCAGCGUCCUCCUGCGGCACGAAAACGCAGCCACGCGGUCCCGCGGCGUCGUGCUGCGCGUCGGUCAGCUAUGCCAGGCGCUCCUCGUGGAUGGGGACCGUGUCUCGACGGAGCGCUGGGAGUUCAAUCGUGCUGGCCAGAGCGCCGUCGCUGGCCAUGGCCUGGACUUGGACACCACCACCACCGCCGCUGCGGGAAAAGAAAAUACCUGGCUCCGCACAGCGCGCACAGGCUCCUCGUUCCUGCCCUGCACCGCGACGUUCCGGCCGCAGACGCUGCAGGUGGGCGGUACGGUCAAGUGCGCUGGGGUGGAGUGGGUCGUGGAGGAGGUGUGGGAGUGGGUGUAG